AAUAAUUCGAAAUCAUCUGAUAAUGGUGGUAAUACAGGAAAAGAUAGUGGAAAAAGCGAUACCAUGUCCUUCUCAGAAGCUAAGAAGCUCAUGAGAUUGGUGAAUGUGGAAUCGCUCAAGUCUAAGCUGGAAGGGGAAGGAAAGGAAGUUAUUCCAUUCUCUGAGCUUCUUCAAGCAUGUGAGAAUACAGGUGUUGCUAGGUCUCCUGAAGAGGCUUCAGCUUAUGCUCGCGUUCUUGACGAAGCUGGAGUCAUUCUUCUUUUCAGGGAUAAGGUCUAUCUUCAUCCUCAAAAGGUGGCUGAUCUUGUUCGAAGAGCUGUUCCAUUGGUACUGACUUGUGAGGAUUCUACAAGUGAGGAGUUGAGGAGGCUGCAGGAGAAGAAACUAGAAAUUGAUAUGUUAGCACAUAAACAGGUCCGGAGAAUUCUCUGGUGCGGACUAGGAGCCAGUUUGCUUCAGGUUGGCCUCUUCUUCAGGCUAACAUUCUGGGAAUUCUCAUGGGAUGUGAUGGAGCCCAUUGCAUUUUUUGUCACGUCCACUGGCUUAGUAAUAGGUUAUGCCUACUUUCUGUUCACUUCAAGGGACCCCACAUAUCAGGACUUCAUGAAGAGGCUCUUCAUUUCUCGGCGGAAGAAGCUUAUCAAGAGGUAUAAUUUUGAUGUUGAGAGAUUCAAGGAGUUACAGAGAAGAAGCAUCCAAUCUUUAGAUGCCAAUACAAUUUUGAAGAAACGCUUGGGGAUGGAACUGGAUCUGGAUGACUCUUAACAAAAAGGUUAACAACUAAACAUUCUUUUUCUUUAUCAGAUGGGUUUUUAGUUAUACAUCCUUACCUUGAAUACAUCUUACAUAGGUUUCUCAGUAGAGGUAUAACAUGUGGACUUUUGUUAACAUUAAGCAUCCUACUUUUGACUGUUUUAAACAAGUUUCCACAUGUAAUGCCUCUGUUGAAGGAUUUUGAUAGCAAACACCAAAGAACUGCACUUGUGCGCGUGUUCACUAGUUUUUUGUUCUUUAUAACAUAGCCUUUCUGUUCUCUCUUACAUAGCCUUGUUCCCCAAUUUUGAUGUUGGCGGGAAUAAGUUUUAAGUCGAUGGCUUCAGUGCCAGCAUGCUUCUCCUAAUUAUUCUGCAUAUAUGUAUAAUUUCUCUUCCUUCUCUUGAGAAACCAUCAAAGAGCAUCGUAUCUUCUGCUUCCAUUUGUUUAACAUAAUUAGAUUGAUCUG